AAGUGGCGGGUAAGAGUAUUCCGAGACAUUAGGAAUCCUUAGAAAUAAAAGUGCAUCUACUUGAACCCGACUUAACUCGAUGAAUGCGAGAAGCCAAUACUUCCCCUAAUUGAAUCAGAUGUGCCAUAAAUGCCGGUCCACUGAGCACGUCUUCGCAUUCACUUGCCAGGCCAUAGCCAGGAAAGGGCAGCUCCUCUCCACUCACCCGUUAAGAGUCUCCCAAGCGUCACUACAAGUCUACCAUGAUUCACGGACCUGCCAACGUGUCUGGGGCUCUGCCCUACAGGGACAGUGGAGUAGAAUUUGGUUACCCUGAGGGGUACUCCCUCAUGGACUUAGUUCCUGACGACGUAAAGCCCUUGAUCCAUCCCCACUGGAGCAAAUUCCCUCCAGUCAACCCCAUGUGGCACUACCUGCUGGCCGUCAUGUUCAUCAUCCUGGGCAUUCUCUCCUUCUUCGGUAACGGCAUGGUCAUGUAUCUGUUCUCGUGCAAGAAGAAUCUCCGCUCGCCCGCCAACAUGUUCGUGGUCAACUUGGCUUUCAGCGACUUCAUGAUGAUGGCAUCACAGUUUCCCAUGUACGUAAUGAACUGCUUCGGUGGCGGCUACUGGACCCUUGGGUCCCUUGCCUGCCAGAUACACGCCUUCACGGGGGCAAUCUUUGGACUUACCUCCCUCAUGACACUGGCAGCCAUCGGCUACGAUCGCUACUGCGUCAUCGUGAAGGCUUUCGACGGCGGUCAUAUCAGUUCCGGUAAGGCGUUCGUAAUAAUUUUGCUUUGCUGGGGAUACGCCACCGCCGUCUCCAUCUGGCCCUUCUUCGGCUGGAACGCCUACAUCCCUGAGGGCAUCCUCACUUCCUGUAGCUUCGACUACAUCAGCCGAGACUGGGGAACCAGGUCCUUUGGCAUCUUCCUGUUCGUCAUGUGCUACUGCAUCCCUCUCCUCGUCAUCAUCUUCGUCUACUCCCAGAUCGUGGGCGCCAUCCGUGCCCACGAGAGGGCGCUGCGCGAACAAGCCAAGAAAAUGAACGUGGAGAACCUUCGUUCCAAUGCCGACCAGAAUAAGCAGAGUGCCGAGGUGCGCAUCGCCAAGGUGGCCGUUGGCAACGUGUUCCUGUGGCUGCUCACCUGGACUCCGUACGCUGCCGUAGUCAUGCUGGGUUUGUUUGGCGACCAGGACAAGCUGACGCCUCUCGUGUCCGCCCUGCCGGGACUCAUGGCCAAGACAGCCUCCGUGUACAACCCCAUCAUGUUCGCCAUUUCGCAUCCCAAGUUCCGCCUGGCACUGAUGGAGGUGUGGCCCUGGUUCUGCGUUCACGAGAAAAAGGACGACGACUCUAAGUCCACGAAGACCGAGUCUGAAGGCAAGUAAGAGGAGGAACGAUCGUAGCCAGCAACUGUUGGUAAGACAGUGAUUAGUCUUGAGGCGCCGCGAGUUGGGCGUCAUCAAGAAUAUUCCUGGACCACAACAAUCGAAGACGACGAGUGUAAUACGAUUUUUGCUGUACAGUUCUAGGUUGCAGCUGCUAUGAGCAACGCACAGUAUGUUAUAAUCUAUCCUGUUUUCUUCCCUCCCUGAUCUUGUGGUGUCGAACGACUCUUUAACGACUAUUAAUAAUAAUGAGCAACUUUA